CGGGUCACAGCCAUCAUCAACGCCGGCGGGCACUAACCAUUAAACCAGUCAAUUGAACGGCGCCUUUCCCAAAAAAUACUACUAUAAAUUAAGUUUUUGAAAAUCCGGCGACGCCAGUUUAAAAAAUUCGGGUCACACCCAUCAUCAACGCCGGCGGGCACUAACCAUUAAACCAGUCAAUUGAACGACGCCGUUCCGGAGACUGAAGUGAAUUGCGCAUCGCGUGGUUUUUAGGGUUGUCAUUGGUAUGGACAAGAGCAUGCUACAAGGUCUUGAUGGUCUACCUGAAGAAGACCAGAGGCGGAUGGCUGCUGUAAUCGAGCAGCUCCAAGUGCGAGACAGUAUGAGGAUGUACAAUUCAGUUGUGGAGAGAUGCUUCAAUGACUGUGUGGACAACUUUACACGCAAAUCACUGCAGAAGCAGGAGGAAACCUGUGUCAUGAGAUGUGCUGAGAAAUUCUUGAAGCACUCGAUGCGGGUUGGUUUAAGAUUUGCAGAGCUUAACAAUCUUGCAGCUACACCAGACCAAAGCAACUAAACCAUGAAUUGCUCAAAACACCAUUUCAUUAAUGUAGAUGUUCUUUUGUUGUCAAUUUUCAGCUAUUUUUUCCAACAGGGUUUUUUUCAUUUAUAAAUAAAAGAAUAGUUAAUUUCAAGCAUAAUAGAAGCCCAGUUGAAUGAGCUGUUGAAUA